GUUUUUUGACACGCGAGAAUGUUGAAGCGGUCUGCCUAUAAGUGAAUCGUCGUGGGCGUGGUCUCUCGGAAGUAACCAAUCCGAAGCGAGGGUUUCGAGGUCUUCGUUUAAGCGGCGUUGCUGUUGCUUGCUGUGAAAGUCGAGAAGCAGUUGGAGGUGCAAUAGAAAACUGUGGCAGUUGGAGUGGGCGGCUGUGCUCGGAAAACGGCGGUAGAAGUUGAAGCUGGAAUCGAAGCAGCGCAUUCCUAACUGAAAGAAGAAAUGUCCUCCUUCGAUCAGCUACGGGAACUGCGGCAGCAGAACAAAAGGCUCCUCCAGCGGCUCAUGGCGAAGCAGGCCUUUAUUUUGGAGCAGACCCAAAGUAAUGCAGCAUCACAGUCUAAUGGAAGACAUGUAACUUCUCUACAGACACAACAACCUUCUGAGACGGUAAUUAGAGUGACAGGUGGGCAAGAAGUUAAGGCCCGAGCAGCCCUGUAUGGGGUUCCAGGAUCCAAGCUAAGGUCUGAAUAUCAGUAUGGACCACAAAAAACUUGGAGGGACCAUAAAUCCCUUCAGCUUGUAGACGAAGAUGGCAGAAGGUCACUGCAAGAAUCUGGUCCAUGUAGUGAACACUGCAGCAAGGCUCUGAGAGACUGUCAGACGUCUACACCCUUCAGCAAACGAAAUAUGCUGGAAAUAAACCAAAGUCAGAUGACAUUUCUGCAAGAACCACUCUAUAAAGAUCAGCUGCUUGAUGUCGGAAAUGUCCGCCUUAAAGAGAAUACUACCCAAGGUGGUAAAAAUCCAAAAUCCAUCCUAGCUAUGCAACAAAGCAGAGAGCGGAAAGGUGAGGUUCAUGUGACCUUUCAGGCUGACAUGGAAUACCAUAAAGACUUGUGUGAAAAGGCCUUUUUGGGCUAUGACUGGAUAGCAGGCCAGUUGGAUGCAGAAUCUUCUCUCUCUGAUCAGUCCGAGGAAUAUUUCUCUGAGCUGAGAAACUUUCGUCAGGUGAACAAGGAGGAUUGCUUCUACAGCAGCAUUGUCAGAGAGGAGGACGUUGAGUUUACAGCCCCUCCACUGGUGGAGCCCCAGCUAGACCUCCUUCCUUCCUUGGACACACACCAAUGUACUCAUUGCUACAGAGUUGACCGUCGCCUUUUUACUGUGCCUCUUGAACCUGAGGCUGCUUGUGCCAUCUGCAAGCUUCCAAGGAAUCGCCUGCAGAGUAGUGAACAGAAGCCGGCCUUCAUAAGGAUCAGUAUCCCACGGUCAACACUGCUACCUGCCUACAAGUACAAGGCACAUCGAAGAAAGAGUUUUGACCCUACAGACUCCUUGUCUCUGCCCUCUCACUGCCUUUCAGGAUGGUCCAACAGUGGCUCCUUAUCCACCUCACAUAGCAAUAGCUUUGGCAUAAGAAAGAGCUGCUCUGUGUCUGGGGUGCUGAACGGCAAACUAUUAAGUUUGCUUCAUGACAAGAACUCUGAGGAACCUAUCAAUUCUUCAGAUGAACUUCUAAGCUUAUCACGUGCUGCAGAGUAUCACCUCCAGAACAUGGAGCGGCCAACAAGGACAGUGCCUACCUCGGGAGACUCCGUUUACUAAUGCUUCUGAAAACAUUCCUAAUGUUUGUGCAAUGAGUGCCAUAUAACCCAUGUAGAUGAACUCUCUGACUGACAACCUGGGCACUCUGUGCUAUACUUCACAUAUCAUUCAUCUGAAAUCUGUUUUAUGGUCUUUACAGUCUCUCUGUUUCUUGCUCCAUUGCAAAUACAUCAGGGGAAUCUUACACUGAAAAUCUUGCAUGGAUUUAUUUGUAAUAGCUGAUCUUUUUGGUAAUGAAAACUUGGCAUGUGCCCUGAAUCCAUUAUUUGUGUGUUGUUUGUUGAGUGAGGCCAGCAGAUAAUAAUAAUUGUGACUGGGUUUGAUAUUAAAAAUAUUUAUUAAAAUAAGGGAAUCAAAAUUGUGUUGUAGUGUUACUGAAACCUUUUAAUCGGUGUGGUGUGCAGGAGCCGCACCAGCUCCCCAAACCUGACACAGACAGACACCAGGCACAAGUUCAGCACACACGGCCUUCCCAAAUCGUUCCCUACAUCACAGUACAAAAGCAUUAACAAUAAAUGCAGCACUUUCUUUCUCUUCUCCUUCGGCAAGCUUUGUCCUCUGGCUCCUUGAAAGAAAUGAUGCAGAACUUUUUUAUGCUACACCUGAAGCACUCCAGGUGGCCUGUCAGUAUGAGCCAGAAGUACUCCUGGAUGUGGCUGAAGCCUGACAUACUACAGCCCUGGAGCACA